CUCUAUUAACUAUUCAUCUUUUUAAAUUGUAAUAAACCUUUUUUUGUUAAAACCAAAAAAAUAAAAAUAAAAGACUUUACCUGAGAAUUAGGUUCAGGAUGGCCUCAAGGAGCCUCUCCUACACACAACUCCUAGGCCUCCUGUCCUUUAUCUUCCUCUUGUUCACAACCUCCACAACCACGGUUCGUGUUGGAGUCAUUCUCCAUAAGCCUUCUGCUCCAACCCUUCCUGUAUUCAGAGAAGCCCCAGCUUUUAGAAACGGUGAUCAAUGUGAUGAGGCUGAUAAGAUUCAUAUAGCCAUGACUCUAGACACAAACUACCUCCGUGGAACAAUGGCUGCUGUCUUGUCUCUCCUACAACAUUCAACCUGUCCUGAAAACCUCUCUUUUCAUUUCCUCUCCCUUCCUCAUUUCGAAAACGACCUCUUCUCCAGCAUCAAAUCAACCUUCCCUUACCUAAACUUCAAGAUCUACACGUUCGAUCCAAACCUAGUCCGCAGCAAAAUCUCCAAGUCCAUCAGGCAAGCCCUGGACCAGCCUCUAAACUACGCGAGAAUCUACCUCGCGGAUAUCAUUCCCACCAGCGUCGACCGGAUCAUAUACCUAGACUCAGACCUCGUCGUGGUCGAUGACAUAGAGAAGCUAUGGCAUGUGGAGAUGGAAGGUAAAGUCGUGGCAGCUCCCGAGUACUGCCACGCGAACUUCACCUACUAUUUCACCAAAGCUUUCUGGUCGGACCCGGAACUAGUCAAAGUCCUCGAGGGAAAACGCCCAUGUUAUUUCAACACGGGCGUUAUGGUCGUGGACGUUGGUAAAUGGAGGAGAGGGAUGUAUACACAGAAGGUAGAAGAGUGGAUGACCGUUCAGAAGCAGAAGAGGAUAUACCAUUUGGGAUCAUUGCCUCCGUUUUUAUUGAUAUUCGCCGGAGAUAUUAAAGCUGUUGAUCAUCGGUGGAACCAGCAUGGUCUAGGAGGUGAUAACUUCGAAGGGAAAUGUAGAACGUUGCAUCCGGGUCCGAUAAGUCUUCUUCAUUGGAGUGGGAAAGGGAAGCCGUGGUUGAGAUUAGAUUCAAGGAAGCCUUGUAUUGUUGAUCAUCUUUGGGCUCCGUAUGAUUUGUACCGUUCAUCAAGACAUUCAUUAGAAGAGUAGAGGCAAACAAAAUAUAUAUAUAAGAAAAUGGCACGUAUAUAUACUAGGAGAUGGAGAAGAUCCAGGCAGGGUGCUAUCGAAGAGAGCGAGAAAGAACCAAGUGUAGCACACACA